AUAUGCAAAUAUCUGACGGUUCGGUAAACAACUAAAAAAUAUAAUUUGCAAUUUACCCAACCUUGCUGUGUACCGAACUCCAGUCAAAUUCUAACCCAAAUAUCAUCUAUCUUUGUUUAUAUUUAAACCCAAAGAAACCAGUUAAGGCAGCUGGGUUCUGAAUUUGAUAACUUCCCAUUAUUCUCUCUCUCGCUUGAAAAAAAAAAAAGAAAAGAAAAAAAACUAUUUCUUUUGGCUUUUCUUGAUGAACAGUCAUAGACUAUUUGUAUUUUGAUUGAGUAAAAAUGUAGAGAAAAACAAGGAGAGAUUGAAGAACACGACAGAAAGUCCGGCAAUAUCCAUAACAAACAUCCUUUGGUCACCUUAAGAAGAAGAGAUCUGUUUUUUAAAGAGUGUUGUUUUCAUCAAUAAUCAUGAAAAGAGUUGGCAGCUCACAUUCCUUGGGUGCUAUGAUGUCCAUCUGCCCAAUCUCAGAUGACAACCAGAUUUACAGUAGAGAGUUUCAGUCGAUUUUAGAUGGAUUAGAUGAAGAAGAGGGCGUGGAAGAAUCAGGGUAUGUUGCAGAAAAGAAGAGGCGAUUGAAUGUAGAUCAAGUAAAGGCGUUGGAGAAGGAUUUCGAGGUGGAAAACAAACUUGAUCCUGGGAGAAAAUUGAAACUAGCUCAACAACUUGGCUUGCGACCUCGACAAGUUGCUGUCUGGUUCCAAAACCGCCGUGCUAGGUGGAAGACCAAACAACUGGAGAAGGAUUAUGGGCUUCUCAAAAACAGAUAUGAAACUCUUAAGCUCAAUUAUGAUAACCUCCAGCAUGAUAAUCAAGUUCUUCUUAAACAGAUAGAGGAGGUGAAGGCAAAGCUGAAUGGAAAGGACAAUGUUUCAGUGAAGGAGGAGGUGAAUGUGACUAAAACUGCUAAUAGAACACUAGAACAAAGUGAAGCACCAGUAGAAGUGAAGUAUGAGAGCUUGAAGAACAACAGCAAUGGAUCAAAUGGGGCCAUCCUUUUCCUAGACUUAAAAGACGGUUCAUCAGAUAGUGACUCUAGCGCUGUGUUGAAUGAAGACAACAACAACGGCUCGAACUACGUGGGUGUAUCUUCAUCUGGGGUUCUACAAAGCCAACAUGUUUGGAUGUCACCGACAACAGCCUCUUCACACAAUUUCAACUCCUCUUCAUCUUCUUCUAUGAAGUGCUUCCAACCCCAGCAAUUUGUGAAGAUGGAAGAACAAAAUUUCUUGAGUGCAGAUGAAGCUUGCAAGUUCUUCUCAGAUGAAGAAGCUCCAAGUCUUCAUUGGUAUUGUCCUGAACACUGGAACUAAAAUCAACAUGCUUGUAAUACGGGAUCUAACCAAAAAUGCAAAAACAAAUAAAAGUACCAAAAUGUUUGGGAGAAGGCUUCAAGUGGGGUGGUAGGAGGCUAUGGCGAUAGGUUACGCCAAAAUGAGGAGGUGGGUACGGGCAUCUUGAUUAGGUCCUCAGUUCCCUCAAAUGGAGCGAACCAAAAAUCAAAAAUCAAAAUUAUCAUCAUCAUCAUCAUAGUUAUUAUCAAUUAUCAUUUUCCUGGGUUUCUUUUGUAGUUUCUUUAUGCAGAAAAAUUUAAUCAGUUAUUCCAAAUUCAGAGUUAAUAGAUUAUUUUAAUUUAAGAUUUCUGUGUUUAUUUUUAAACAAA